AAGCUUGCAUCCGCCUCUCAUGUCGUCAACUUCGCGUCCGGGCCCUUCACGAGCAGGCGGUGCUAGCAACUUGCUCAAGUACCAUAGGCCGAGGCAGAGCUUAAGGCCUGGUAUCAAGGAGCAUAUUCCUGUCUUGACGAGGGAGUCGAGAUUGUGCUUAAAAAACCUCGCGUCCCAUAAGCCGCGAUUUCUACACCAUGUCAUGAAGAAAGUUCCCCGUGAGCGCUGUGCUGCCGUCCUGGUCGCUCUGUUUGUCGGGCGCAAGGGAGAUCUAUAUGUACUGCUGAGCAGACGGUCCAGUACGCUGCGGACCUACGCUGGGGACACCUCGCUGCCGGGAGGCAAGGUAGAAACAACAGACAGAUCCUUCGAGGACACCGCGAGAAGAGAGGCAUUUGAAGAAAUUGGUCUGCCCCCAGAUAAACAGAAAGUAUUGCUCCUUUGUACUCUGGAUCCGUUCCUUGCAGGUAACGCCCUUGUAGUUGUCCCUGUCGUCGUUCUGGUCCUCGACAAGACAAUUCGCCCUAUCCUCAACGCCUCCGAAGUCGCCCAGCUCUUCUCCCACCCUCUCGCCUCCUUCCUCUCAGAAACGCCUCCCUACUCGGAAGCAGAGCUCUCCGACAUGAUACCCUACCACACCACGGUCGAUUAUCCUUGGGAGGGCCCCGGGCCAGGUCCCGCAUCGCACCUGGCCAUGCCACCCCCACCAUCCACACUCUCACCAGAUCCGCACGCAGACGUGGAUCUCCCUGAGGACAGUUCACCGCACAAGCGCAAGCGCCGUCGCAUGAUACGCAUGCAUCGAUUCUUGACAGGGCGAGAAGCAGGAGGAACGAAACCGGUCUUUGGCUUGACUGCUGCCAUCCUCAUCCACACCGCCAGCAUAGGCUAUGGGCGUAAACCGGACUUCGAGGUCAAUCCGCCCGGAGCACCAAGCUGGCGAGAACGAAUCGAGUGGGCGCUGGCGAAGCAUCCCGGUUUCCAGCUUGCGCACAGCCAAUCAACCUCUAGUCGAUCGAAGAGGGAGUCCAAGUUAUGAUAGUUGUUCAAUCGCUUGGCGGCACACCUGCUGUCGGCACGGGAGGUGCUGGCUUUCGUCGAAUCUCAGCGUGUAUAUUCGACCUGGGAUGACUGUCAUUCAAUAUAUAGUACAUGAAUCCUACGAGACGUGAU